AUGGUGUCUAGAAACUUGAAAAUCUGUUUGAGUGUAUCUGCAAUGGUUCUCAUUGUUGUCUCAACCAUAACUGUAACCUUGAUUUUUACAGUUUUCAAAGUGAGAGAUCCAAAUAUUAUUGUCAAACCUUCACGUUUCGAUUUCCUUACAUCAGAUAUAUCUCCAAAUAUAUCUAUACCCGUUUUGAUUAUAAUAAAGAAUUCAAAUUAUGGGAACUUCAAAUAUAUAGAUUCCUGUAGCUAUAUAACUUAUCGUGAUACUCUUGUUGGUACUGUUCCAAUUCCUUCACAACUUGUUCCAGCACGUGGUGGAAUCAAUGUUUCAACUCAUGCAAAUUUCAUGGUCAGUGAAUUGAUCGAAAAUCCAAAUUUUUUUAAUGAUAUUGAAAAUGGGUCGAAAUUUUCAUUGAUUUCAAAAGCUGAACUUCCUGGUAAAGUCACUAUUCUCAGUUUUAUCAAAUUGAAGGCUAUGGCUACUAACCAAUGUGAUAUUUCUGUUAAUAUCACUUCCAAGGAUGUUGUCAGCAAUUGCACUUCUCAUAUCAAGAUUUAUCAUUAG